CUGUGUUGUUGUAGUUGGUAACGAACCAACAUGGAGGACCACGACAGACGCAGAAUGUGUGGAUUGGUGCAUGUAGUUUUAAUAUUUUUUAUGUUACAGCCAUAAAUUAUCAAAAUAUGCCAACAUAGCAUAGAUUUUAAGCCGGUUAGCCAUUCACAAUGAGCUGCAACUGGCAAAACGAUGAUUACUUUUCGUUGCUCAUGAGCACGGACAAAAAAGCUCAUGUGGCGCUAGAAAUGCUUGUUGAUGACUUGCAUGGAGACAAGGAGCGAACGGUACAUAAAUUUCUAGGUCAUUCUGGUGCUGAAGAUUUUCUCUAUGGACUUGUCAGACUUCUCGGCAGUGAUAACCCAAGGGUGGCAGGGAAUGCAGCAUACAUCAUCGGCACUGUGGCAGAAACAGAUAUGGGAUGUUACAGGAUUCUGGGGUUGGCCAAAAGUCAGCAGGGAGAGAGGAAAAUCCUCGCUGACCUUACACGUAUGCUGACUUUCGAUGACUCAGAAAGUGUGAUGAAUGCAGCGGGAACUAUGGGAACUCUGGCUGAGAGUUAUGAUGGUAGAGAGUGGAUGCUUGCUAAUCCAUGUUUAAGUGAAACAUUGAAUCACAUCACCACACUCUUACAAGCUGAAAAUCUUUGGACGGCCAGCAAUGCUGCUUUAGUUCUUGCCAGAUUAGCCAUAUCAGAAAAUGGCUGCAUUGCAGUACUGCAGCAUGAACAUUCACAACACAUUCUUUCCAAAUUAGUCCAGUCUCUUGGUGUUGAUGAAGCAGGUCGUGGAAUGAAUGCUGCUUUUGCAAUAGGUCGUCUCUGUGACAUGGAAGUUGGCAGAAAGAGAUUAUUAAUGUUGUCGGAUUCUGAGAGAAUGUUGUCUUCCCUUGCAAAGAUGUUGAGUUGUGAUGAUACAGGUGCUAGUAAAAAUGCUUGUUUUGCCCUCAGUUGCCUAGCAACAAAUGCAGAGGGUCAUGCAAGACUCUUAAAGAAUAUUCACUCAGAUAACAUAUUACGCACACUCUCGGAACUCCUGAGUGCGGAAGACAGCGAGACUGGGUGGUUUGCUGCAAUGACACUGAGAACCUUGGCUAGUCAGCCUAGAGGAUGUCUUAGACUGAGAGACCACCCUCAAGUCCUACCAGCCUUACAGGCUGUAGAUAAAGGUCCAAACAUGAACAGUGAUUUAAAGGAGGAGGCAAGCAUUACAUUGGAAAUUCUUAAGAGGUUAGACAGACCUUCCCCACCAACCAUUGAGGUGCUUGGACACAAUUCCAUGAAAGCAUCAUGGGAAGAAGUCCCAACUAAAAGUGGAUUUACUGUUAGAUAUCAGCUUUUUGAUGGUUCAGCCAACAAAUGUGUUUACACUGGUAAAGACUUAACUUGCCAGAUUUUUGGACUUCAACCAUGUUCACAAUACACCUACAAACUCAGAGCUUUCACAGAGGGUGAUGAAAGCCCAUUCAGUGACCCUGUAACGAUUGUCACUGAGGAAAAUGUUCCGACUGCACCGAUCAAUUUACGUGUGUUAGGCUGUACAAUAACACAGCUAAAAAUAGGUUGGGACCCUCCAGAACAAUUAAAUGGGACUCUCAAAGGAUACUACAUUUUUUUAGAUGAUAAAGUGAUAGAUCAUACUCAGGAGCUGACUUCAAUAUUAACUGGACUAACCGCAAAUACAUCCUAUCAAGUAGAGGUGUGUGCAGCUACCAGUAGAGGAAAAGGAGAGAAAUCUUAUGUUGUGGGGACUACCUCAGAAAUAGGUGCACAUGCCCCUUCAAAGCCUCAUGUUCAAGUUCUUGGUAGAAAUGAGUUACACAUUACAUGGGAACCCCCUGAGGUGCCUCUGGGGAGGAUCACAAGAUAUGAUGUUCUAAUGAAUGGCAAAAUCAUCUACUCCGGAACUGACCUUAGUUACACAGUCCGGAGAUUGACCCCUGAUACGGAAUACUCAUUCGUGAUUGUAGCAUUGACAAGUGAAGGGAAAUUUGAUAGCAAAGCUACCAAAAGGCGAACAGCUAAAGAUGAAUAUGACUCUAGUCGCCCACCCCUUUACCAGGCCCCGUCCAGGAGGGACAGCAUGGGAGAGGUCUCCAAUGUCUCAACUACUGUCAGCAAGAAGAAAAAGGCGGCGUCCACAGUGGAAUCCAAACGCCAGGCAGCCAGUGGCAAACAUCGUUCCUUAACUCCUGGAAACCUGAGAAGUAAAACCCCUGCAGACCAAGUUACCUUGGCAACACGACCAGUAUCAGGUAGUAGCUGUACCUCAACGAUCCCAGAAAAAGAAAGUAAAGAAAAUCGUGAAACUGAGCAAAAAGACUAUUCAAGAACAAGUGAUUCACAACACAAUAAUGCUGACAGAGUUCCAACAAAAUCUGCGCCCGUUCACAAUGUUCAUUUCCGAGAAACUCAGCAUCAAUCUAUUCCAAGAAAUCCCUCCACUAAACCUGAACGUCUUUCUCAUGUCAAUAAAAUGUUUCCUUUGUCAGUGUCCUAUGUCUCAAUUCAGGGGAACGAUGAAAAAGAUAAGGAAGACAAAAAAUUACACAAAUCUGGUACUUUUAUUGAAAAUUCCAACUCUAACCCCAUGCAUGGAUUAAGGGUAGAGCGAUCUCGGACUACAAUGCACAGUAGCCAUGUGAAAAGACGUACAAAAGUCAUAGAAAACAAUGGUCCUAUAAACCAAAAUUUGAUAGGUCAAGAAUACCUCACAACUUUAUUAGGCAAAACACCGGAAGCUUUACAACCUAAACCAGCACAAGAUGUGCAAUUUAGUGUCAAUUCUCAUCCAAUAGAAAGCAAUGUUAGUCGACAGCCAACUCAGGCCUCCACUGAAAAACAAGCUUACAGUGAGACAGCAUCAGGCAAACAGAGAAAAAUGUCCCCCAUACUGUCACAGAAUCCAAACAAACCAGAAAACACGGCACUGAAUCAACAGUCGAGGGCAAGGGGAAGCAAGGAUAGGCCAAACAAAGAAGUGUUUCUUCCUAAACCUGUGUUACCUAGUCAGCAGUAUUUGGAGGGAAGAUCACAACAAGGCUUGUCCACACCUUACGGUUCUAGAUCCCUGCCCAGUCCCAGAUCACUCUAUCUUCAGAGAGAGGCUGAGGCAGGAGAGCAUGAGAACCAGCAAAAGAAAAGCGGUUCUGGAAGUAGAAACAAUCCGUUGUUCCUCGCGGAACACCACCACGAUUGUUCUUACUUCCUGACCAUGCAAGAACACCAUGCGAAUAGUAACAUCAGUAUGCACAGAAUUAGCUCUGUUCAGCCACAGGCAGAGAGAACAAACCAGGGAUUCUCCCUUCCCAACAUUCCUCAGCGAGGAAAUUACAGAACUGUGAGAAAAGUCUUGAACAAGUACCAGCCACCAGAGUCUGUUCCCUCUAUGCCUGUCGUGCCCAGUGCUCAGACUUUCAAUUUAGACAUUCCUGAAAACAAGUCAACCAUGACGACCUGGAACCGGACAUUUAUCCCCAUGCAGCUCCGAACCCAGCCUUCCAACCUACCUCCUAGUCAGCUCCAGAGAAUGAACACCACUCUUGGUGAUCAAGCUAAAGGUGUUCAAUUUAAACGUGUUGAUGCCCUGACCAGAAGUAAAACUGUGAUAGAUUUAAAGCAAAACACAACAACGCUAGGUGAACAAGCCGAAAGAUUUCCAAUAACACAAAGUGCUAAUAUCAAGGGCAGGUCAUCCCCACAUUUGAAAAGUAACACCAAGAGCUUGACAAGAUCACCCAGUGCCCACUACAAGGAGCCAGACUCAGUGCUUUUGAAGAAAUCCUGGUCACUAAGUUCUUCACAUGAAGGGACACAACUAAGUGCUAGAUAAUACAAUAUGUUACUGAAUUUUCUAACCACUAGUGCUGAAGUCGGAAACAGGAGACUAAUAUUAGGAGUAGGAUUAUUUAUAUCUCCUCAUAGCUGGUCAGAAUCUGCUCCAGAGAACUAUGUGUAUGUACCGUUGACAGUGUCAACCAGGAAUGAAAUUAUUGACUGUGUACUACGGGCAUUAUUUUCAAAGGACUGCCCAAAAUAUAUAUUUUUUUAAUGGUUUGAUUUCGUGUACCUGUCAAAGGGAGGCAAUUCUGAGUUGUGUUAACUACAUACAGAGUGAAAGAGUAGAUAAAUUUGAGUAAAAUCUAAGAUGGUAUGGGUGAGAAUUCUUAUGGACAGCGUUGAGGUACAAAGAAAGUUUCUUUUUGUUAAUGAGGUAUAACACACCUUUCAAAAUUGUCAUUGAUGAAAUCCGUAUAUAUGAUAAUAAUGGAGUGGUGUUGGAACUACAAAAGUUUGUCGCAUGUAGCAAAACUCAAAAAUUUUGUGUAAAAUCAUGAAGCAAAAAUUUAGAACCCCCAUGGGACUCAAACUCACUCUCUACAGAUAUCCAGCUUAACACUUUAAUCCGCUGAGCUAACUACUAGAUAAAUGAUGAAUUUCAAAAGAAUAUAGAUAUAAUUCUGAUUUCAUUUCUGGCAUGCUUUUAUUUGAAAAAUUUGCAGCAAUGUAUCAUUCUUCCUUAAGAAACCUUUUAAAGUAUGAAAGACAAGACUUAAAAUUGUGCUGAACUAUAGACUUGAUAAUCCAAGGUGUGAAAACUGGUAUGUGUUUUAAAGAUAUGUUCUUUGAUUUCUUAGUCCUCUGUAUGUUAGCAUUUUGCAAUACUUCGAUGCAUUUCUCGUACUUUUUGUAAUCUUCGAUUCAUUGUAAAAAUACUCAUUUUCUUGAAUAUUGCUGAGCAAUUUUUAUUUAUUUCUGAUUGAAGAGACAUACCGUAAGCACAUUUUGAACUUGCCAGGUGGUGUGAAUGUUUUGUCUUCAUCAGUCGUUCAUUUUAUAUCAGUAUGUAUUGUUUUCAUCUAAAUUAACUCGCAUCCAAUUAUGACACCUACAUGUACAUGUAGUAUUUUGUAGUCCUUUACAACAUCUUGGAAUGAUUAUUGUUAAGUAGUUAAUUUUACUGAAGAUGAAUGGUAGGAUUACUUGGUAUGUUAUGUAGUUGAAGCAGUACCAUUUUAAUUGUCGAAAUGAGUUAGUAGUAUUAAACAAUUUUCUGGGCAUUGAAAUGCAUGUACCAUUUUGCUGCAUGAAAUAGCUAGUCCCAAAUAAUGUAAAGCAUGUCUAUAUGGAUGUAGUUGGAUACCGAUCACUUUUCUUACAUAGAUACACAUUGUUCAAUAUACAUAUAGUAACUAGUAAGCAACAUCAGUACUGAAACAAAUGUUCCACUAAUAGAUGGCCUUUUCUUUCUCUUUUAUGGUUGUAAUUUUAAUACCUAGGUAUAUGAAAUUUGAUAUAAAUAUACUUUCAAGAAUAUUGUGAUUUAAAUAAGCCAACAGAGCAGAUAGACAGCAGCGUUAUGGAUGGUUGGUUAACUUGAAUCUGUCAGAUAGACAGCAGCGUUAUGGAUGGUUGGUUAACUUGAAUCUGUCAGAUAGACAGCAGCAUUAUGGAUGGUUGGUUAACUUGAAUCUGUCAGAUAGACAGCAGCGUUAUGGAUGGUUGGUUAACUUGAAUCUGUCAGAUAGACAGCAGCGUUAUGGAUGGUUGGUUAACUUGAAUCUGUCAGAUAGACAGCAGUGUUAUGGAUGGUUGGUUAACUUGAAUCUGUCAGAUAGACAGCAGUGUUAUGGAUGGUUGGUUAACUUGAAUCUGUCAGUGUCUGCUGGUUCUGCUUUGUAAACAAAUAGAAAUAUAUUUUUUAUUCAAUAGUGAAUAUUGUAUACAAGAAUGAUAGUGCUCUUUGUUUGGUUCAGAUUUUGUUUCAUGUAGUCAUGGUUGGAGACUUAAUUUCCCAGGAGUCAGUUGCACUAGGUUCAGUUAAAUGUAACUGUAUUAUUUCUACCUGUAAACGCAAUGUUUAUAGAACUGUUAAAAGCAAAGUCAUUGCAAAUUUUAACAAAUGACGGUGCAACAUUAAGUCCAAAUCACAUAUUCAAAGUCAGAAUAUCAUAUUUGUAUAAUGUUCUGCGUAUGUAUAUUAUAUAUUGUAUUGCGUACUGUUUGUUUAUUACCUCAAUAUUGUUGCACACAGUUUACUGCCCUCCCCCCUCCACCCCAUAUUUUACCACAGGCCUCUCUUCCCAUAUCCUUUGAUUGUGGCUUAAUAGACACCCCUCGAAGUCUCUAUGUAUGCUAUCCUUUGUUUGCUGAUUAUGUGUUCAUAAUUGUGGGUUGUUAAAAGUUUCGGUGUUGAUAAGUUAUGGUCUUUUUUUUCUUAUGUAUACAAGCAUUUAAUUUUUUGUUUGUAAAUCACUCUUUUGUUCAAUAUUUGUUGAUAAAACAUGUUGUAUGGAACAUAUUUUAUUUCGAAGCCUUUUUGUUGUACAAGUUUUAGCAACUUUUCGAUCUCUUGUAAUGUUUCGGCACACUAUUGGAAGCAGAAUUAGGAAUUAAAAUGUUACACGUGAGAAACAUUCCAACAGAUUUUGAUCUGAAAGAGAAACCAUUUGAUUUAAAUAUACUUUCUAAAAUAUUGUGAUUUAAUUAAAUAAUCCAACACACCAGAUAAACAGCAGUGUUAUGGAUGGUUGGAUUAUGAACCUGUGAUACAUGAUUGGUGGCCAAUAGAUUAGUGAUAUAUAUUGAUGAAUAUAGUCAAGAGUUAUAUAUAAAAAUCAUAAGAAACAUUUCCUGUGUUCAUUUUUUUUUUAAUGACAAAUCUAUGUUCUUUCAAUAUUUGUAUUCAAUUGUACAUCAAAAUAGGAUUCAAUAAAAAUAUAAAUGAGAGAA